UCAGUGUACACCUUGUGCCAUUCAUGUGUAACUUGUGAUUCGUCUGUUGACUCUUGUUCAUUUCGAUGAAAUUCCAAUAUAGGACAACAACCUUUCUACCUCAAACAAAACACCAAGUACAAUAUCAACACAUCAUUCAUUGUUUAUCAUCAACACCACCUAACCAAACCCUCUCAAUCAUCAUCUCCGUCACCGUAACGUACCCAGUAAUAUUCCAUUCAUACCGUAUAAUAACUAAAAACUUAUUUUCUCCGACGACUUCAACGCUAUAUUAUCAACUCCUAUAAAUAAACCAUGGCAAGGUGUUGUAGCUUCACAGCAUCACGAGACUGGUGUUUCCGGUACUCGUUCAGCCGCACCGGCCUCAAGUCAACCACGGUCAACCUCCACGACGGCGCAACCGUUAUUCAUAUAUGGAUCCCCAAAAGCUAUAAACCAAACAAGCCUAGUUUGCUCCUUAUUCAUGGAUUUGGUGCCAACGCAAUGUGGCAAUAUAAUGAUUUUGUAUCUCCACUUGUUUCAAAGUUUAAUGUCUACAUACCGGACCUUUUGUUUUUUGGAGACUCGUACACGACUAGACCGGACCGGACCGAACAGUUCCAAGCGGAGUGUGUUAUGGCAGCCUUGGAAGAUGUUGGUGUUGUUGGUAAGAUACAUGUGAUGGGGCUGAGCUACGGCGGGUUUGUGGGGUACUGCAUGGCAGUGCAGUACCCGGAGAAGGUUGAUAAGGUGGUGAUCGCGGCUUCUGGUGUUUGUUUCGACGAAAGCGAUAUGGAAACAGGGUUGCUUAGUGUGAAGAAUAUUGAAGAUGCCAUCAGUAUUUUGUUGGCUCAAACACCAGAAAAACUGAGGGAGUUGAUGCAAAUGGCCUUCUUUAAGCCUCCUCAGAAUGUGCCUUCUUGCUUUCUCUCUGACUUUAUUGAUGUAAUGAACACAGAGCAUGUUCAAGAAAAAAGAGAGUUGAUUGAAACAUUACAUAAAGGUAGAAAAGUCUCUAAUCUUCCGAAGAUUACUCAGCCCACAUUGAUCAUCUGGGGAGAGCAUGAUCAGAUAUUCCCACUAGAAUUGGGUCACAGGUUAAAACGCCAUUUAGGUGAAAACGCGGAACUGGUAAUCAUAAAGAACUCUGGGCACGCGAUCAACGCAGAGAAACCUAAAGAGCUCUACAAAAACAUGAAAUCGUUCCUCACUGACCACAAGUAGACCGGAAAGAGGCUUUGAUAUAAACUUAUAAUUACAUUCUUAGUACACAUUCUUUACAAUAGGUUAUUAGUUUAAGUAAAGGUGUUGUAUAAUUUUGUUAUAUUGUCAUAUUGAUCAUAUUAAAUACUUACUUGACCACAUUGUUUUGUACUUACC